AUGGCGGUAUACCAGGUUCUGCUCUUCCUGCUCCCCCUACCACCUUCCCCAGGGACUUUGGGCUUCUUGGUGGCUGAUAGUUUUAAGAAGCAGCACUUCUUGAUCAGGAUCCAGGCUGUCAAUGAAAUUGGAGCUGGACCUUUUAGCCACUUUAUUAAAGCAAAAACCAGGCCAUUACCACCCUUACCUCCACGGUUAGAGUGUGCUGCAGCAGGGCCACAGAGCCUGAAGCUGAAAUGGGGAGACAGCAGCUCCAAGCUUCACACCAAUGAUGACAUGGUCUAUAUCUUGCAGAUAGAAGACAGAAAUAAAAGGUUUAUCCCAAUUUAUAGGGGACCAAGUCAUACGUACAAGAUACAAAGGCUGACAGAGUCCACUUGUUACUCAUUCAGAAUACAGGCAGUUAAUGAUGCUGGGGAGGGACCUUUCUCAGAAAUCUGUACCUUCUGCACAACCAAGUCAGUCCCACCUGCAAUCAAAGCCCCUCGAGUGACACAGAUGGGAGGAAAUGCCUGUGAAAUUACCUGGGAAAUGGUCCCACCCAUGAAGGGAGAUCCUGUUGGUUAUGUUCUGCAGGUACUGGUUGGAAGAGAAUCUGAAUACAAGCAGGUAGGGAAAUGGUCUGGGUUUAAUAUUGCUAAAUUGAUGGCAUAA